AUGGCUGCCAUGUUCAGCCAGAACCCCUUGAUGAACGGGCCGAACUACUCGUUCAACGACGCCCCGAAGAACACAGCUGCUGGCGAGUUCCGGCAACAUCGUUUUGAUCCCUACACUGAUAACGGCGGCUCCACGCUUGCUAUCGCAGGCGCCGACUUCACCAUCAUGGCAGGCGACACCCGUUUGACGGCAGGCUACAGCAUCAACACACGAUACGCCCCAAAGGUGUUCAAGAUCGGCGGCACGACUGCAGACCAGAAAGACGCCACACUCGUGCUGUCAGUCGUCGGAUUCAUGGCGGACGGCGAGGCCCUCAAGGAGCGGCUGGACACAGUUUGCAAGAUGUACCGAUACCGCCAUGGCAAGCCCAUGAGCGUCAACGCCUGCGCCAAGCGCCUCUCGACGAUCCUCUACCAGAAGCGCUUCUUCCCCUACUACGCAUACGCCAUCCUCGGCGGCCUCGACGAGGAGGGCAAGGGCGCUGUGUACAGCUACGACCCCGUUGGCAGCUACGAGCGCGAGAUGUGCCGAGCUGGCGGUGCUGCGGCGUCCCUGAUCAUGCCGUUCCUCGACAACCAGGUCAACUUCAAGAACCAGUAUGUGCCCGGCAGCGGCGAGGGUCACGCCCUUCAGGAGCGCCCCCGCGCACCGCUAUCACGACAGCAGGUCGAGAUCUUGGUGAAGGAUGCAUUUGAUGGUGCAGUGGAACGGCACAUUGAGGUCGGUGAUGGUCUGCAGAUGAUGGUGGUCACGGCACAGGGCAUUGAGGAGAUCUACCUGCCGCUGAAGAAGGAUUAA